UUGAGGCGAAAGCAACCAUCCCAAGACAGCCUCUAAAACUCGUGCGUGUCCUUUAUUGACGUGCUGCAGCUGAUCGCGAAUUUCCUCACUAGAGUAGAGCGUAGAGCAGUGUUCGAUGGGAACCUUUAGAGGAGUUCUGUGAAAAGUAGACAUUAUUUAUAGAUUAUAUAGUAGGAUGCUUGUGGUACUGAAUACUAUGGACGUGUAAGGUGCUGCACAUUGGCCUGCCCACCGCUUGUACCUACUCAUAUAAUAAUGAUGAUUCGAACGGCUUGUCCUGUAAGCCUCGCGGGUUAUCGAGCUUUUAGCUGGACGGUACCGCUUCUACAAGAAAGCAUUCCACCGUGGCUCAACGAGAAAUUACGAAACGAAGGCUAUACCCAUGAUGAGAUCAAGAAGUCUGGCGGCUGGUCAUUGCUUAAGCAACAACAUGCAAUAAAUCCGAAUACCGUAUUUAAGCUGCAUAAAAAUUACGACAUCAGUUGGACGGGUUAUAAAAAUUAUCGCCAAAAGGAAAAAAUAGCAGAAUUAAUCAAGGAUCAAGAAUAUGUUUACGACCGGUUCAUGAAACUCGGAGGCGAGCUAUCGGCCGCUGUGUUCCUUGUCCAUCGAGGGGCUGCCGUCAGGUUUCACGGAAGAGAUAAAUGGUUUGCUGCCGAUCCGGACUCUUACACGUACGAUUUACCUUCUACAUUUGUCCGGGAUUGGAAUAUUGAGGCGAUCGAUAUGCGUGAUUUUCAUAUUAUUCAUAAAGGUUUCGAAAAUCUUGCCCACUGCGAAAAAUUGCGCUCACUUGCGUUAAGAAAUCAGCCUUACGUAGACGACUGGUGUCUCGAUUUUAUCUCGGCGGUUUUUCAUAGUACACUUGAGUUCCUCGAUGUGUCAGGAUGCCCGAAUGUUACAGAAAAAGGUCUUAGCGUACUACAUCGUUGUAGAAAUCUCCGCGGUCUAUAUAUGCGACAUAUGCCGAGAGUGAAGAACGCAGAGCUUUUGGCUAUUCACCUUGAAGAUGUCUUACCUAAUGUCAUCAUCGAAGGCGUUGACUAUUGGAACGCAGCCUCACCGGAGAAUUGAUUAUGAUUCGAGGGUUAUAUAUCAUUUGUAUUAUCAUUAUUAUUACGAUGUGUAUGUUGAACAGUAGGUAAACAAAAAUAUAUAU